UUGAGAUCGUUCACAGAACCCUGGCAGCUAUGUUGGGUUCCCUUGCGGCGUUAGCAGCCCUGGCUGUGAUUGGCGAUAGGCCCAGCCUGACCCACGUGGUGGAGUGGAUUGAUUUCGAGACCCUGGCUCUGCUGUUUGGAAUGAUGAUCUUAGUAGCCAUAUUUUCAGAAACUGGAUUUUUUGAUUACUGCGCUGUAAAGGCGUACCGACUGUCCCGGGGCCGGGUGUGGGCCAUGAUCAUCAUGCUGUGUCUCAUCGCCGCCGUCCUUUCUGCCUUCCUGGACAAUGUCACCACUGCCCUCCUCUUCACUCCUGUGACCAUAAGAUUGUGUGAGGUGCUCAACCUUGAUCCAAGACAAGUCCUGAUUGCAGAAGUGAUCUUCACGAACAUUGGAGGGGCUGCUACCGCCAUUGGGGACCCGCCAAAUGUCAUUAUUGUUUCCAACCAGGAGCUGAGGAAGAUGGUAUGUAUCAUUAUAAUGGUGUGGCUUCCAAUAAAUGCAGACUCCAACUUACUUGCACAGUUAGUAACAUCCUCCCCCGUGUGGAUGUCACCUCUUUAG